AAGAUCUUUCCCAAAAUUCCAGUGGAAUCCGCACAGCGGAGCGCUGCCUGAGUCCGUCCCCGUUGCUUGGGUGCCUGUGCCGGACGCCCGCAGUCCCACCGUCCCAACUCUCAACCCCAGCGCAGCAGCCUGCACCACACCAGAAACCACACCACCACGCUCACCGCCGUGAGCCCGUGACCCCCACGUCCCCCCACACUACGGCACGUCGGCACCAGCUUAACUCCCGGUCCGCGGCGACACCUCACCAUCGCGCGCGCACACACACGAGCGUGCGCCGCUCCCUGUUCCUCGUGACCCCCCUCCCCGCCUCCCCUCUCUCUCUCACACACACACACACAAGUCGGUGCUGCAGCAGCAGCAGUCGCAGUCCAGCCGUGAGCUCUUGCCGUGCGAGCGAUUCACCGCAGGGCGCACGGGAAUCCAAUCAAAUCCCCCAGGAAGGUAGCCCCGCGGCCGCCCGUUCCUCGCUCCGCCCCGCGCCGACGCUUCUCCCCGAUCCCGAUCUGUGCGCCCGCAUCCUGCGUGGGAUGGAGGCGGCGCCGCGGCGGCAGCAGCAGCAGCAGGAGGAGGAGGAGGAGGGGUGCCCGUGCGGCGGGCCCGAGGCCGCGGACCACUUCGAGCGGCUCCACGACGCGGUGCUGCUCGACGUCCUCAACCGCAUCGGCGACGUCAAGGCGCUCGGCCGCUGCGCCCUCGUCUCGCGCCGCUUCCACGCGCUCGUGCCGCUCGUCGACUCCGUCUUCGUCCGCGUCGACUGCGUCAUCCCCGACGACCCACCCUCUUCCUCCUCCGCGGGCGCCGCACCGGGCUCCCCGCCGCACCAGGCGCCGGCGCCAACCGCGCGCGGGCGCGGCGCGCUCGCGCGCGUCGCGCGCGCCCUGCUCGGCGGCGUCGCUAGGCCCAUCCACGCGCUCGGCCAGAUCCUCUCCUCCGCCGCGGCGACCGUCUCCCGGCGCUCCGAGCCACUUCCCGCUUCCCCGCCGCCCGCGCCCGUUGCGGACGUCUCCCACCACUCGCCCUCCGAGGUGCUCCGCUCCUUCAGGGAGCUGCGGCGCCUUCACAUCGAGCUGCCCACGGGCGAGCUCGGCAUUGACGACGGCGUGCUCCUUAAGUGGAAGGCCGACUUCGGCUCCACCCUCGGCAGCUGCGUGAUCCUCGGCGCCUCGUCGGUCUCGUCCAAAUCGCCGGCAGGGUCCGCUCAGGCGGAAACUGCUGCGGCCGACAGCGCGGCCGCCGCUCCCGAUACCGGUAGGGAGACUGAAGAGCCGGGGAGCCUGCCUGAUUCUCUCUACACAAAUGGAGGGCUUAAGCUCCGCGUUGUCUGGACCAUCAGCUCCCUGAUUGCCGCGUCGGCGAGGCAUUACUUGCUGCACCCGAUUAUCUGUAAUCACGGAACGCUUGAGAGCUUGGACCUGACAGAUGCCGACGGGCAAGGGGUGCUCACCAUGGACAAGAGGCAGCUGCAGGAACUGCGGGUGCGGCCCGUCUCUCCAUCAGGGAGCUCGCACCGCACACUCAUGCCGGCACUCAGUAUGCGUCUGCACUACGCACCACUCAUUGAACUGCCUGGGGGAACGCUGCUGAAAGGUGCAACACUAGUGGCGAUCAGACCAAGCGAGGAUGCCUUGAGGGAGGGCCAAGGGGUUGCAGGUCCUGCUGGUACAUGCUGGAUUUCAGAGGCCUUUGAGGAGCCAUAUCGGACUGCGGCAAAGGUGCUCCUCAAGAGAAGGGCAUAUUGCCUUGAAAUGAACUCGUUCUGAGCACCAGGGAUUCACUUCCACAGAGUUCUACCCAUCUGACAGGAUGGGGGAAGUGAGAUGCCCUUCGGUUAAUAUAUGGGAAUUCAUCAUUCAGUGCAAAAAUUGGACCAACUCUCCCCAUCAUUAAUUUAUCUGAUCUCGGUGAAGAGAUGACUUCGUGUACCUGUACCUUUAGGGUUGUAAUUACAGAUACGUAUUUGUGCUGGACUACUACACGCGGAACGGAAUGCUAUUUGGCCGAUUCC